CGGUGACGCGCGGCCGUCACGUGACCCCGAGCUGCAGAGGGACGCAGCCUCGGGUGCAGUCGUCACUCGCGUCUGACUACCAGCUCCCCGCUGUCCUGCGCACGGCGGGCUGGCAUCGGGCCCGGGGAAAGCAGAGCAGUGUGUCGGACAAUAAUAAUUCAAGCUGGCACUGUUUGAAGCUGAGGCCAGGGAAGAAGGACAGAACACUGCAUGGGCUCUCGGAAGGUCUUCCCAUAGGCCCACAGUAGGAUUGUUUGUUACUGGAAGCAGUGGAAAAAGGAGGAGACUGGCUUGGGAUCGUGGAGACUGAGCUACCUGCAUAUCUGCUGUAGUGCAUGAGAUCACUGGAAGCAAAGAAACGAAAAGGACAGUGCCUCUGAUCGGGAUAGAUUGGUCCAAAGAUCUCAUGCGUUUAUGUAUCAACUUUAGACUAUAUCAUCAAGCAAAAGAAGGAAAGAGAAGGGAACUGCCUUGGAUCAUUAAAGGUCUACCUCCAGUGGCAGCUGUAGUGGCCUUUGAGUGGCUGAAGACCAGCACCCUCACAGGCCUACACCCAGACCUACUAUCCUCUUUCCCCAGUCCGAGUGAGCUCCCCUAUCCCCCAUACCUUGGUGUCUUCUGCAGGGGUGAUUCCAUGGGCCGCAUUCAGGAAGUGGGCUGGGUGACUGCAGGACUGGUGAUCUGGGCUGGCACCUGCUACUACAUUUACAGAUUAUCAAAGGGAAGAGCCCAGAGUGUGAGGAGACUUGACAAAAAUGGGUCCAAAGUCAAGAUGGAAACUGUGUUUGGGGUACAGAACCAGACCAUGGCCAAGUGUGAAGCCAUGGCUGGGAGAGAGAUUGAGACUAGACCCAAGGACAAGAUGGAAGCAGAAACCGGAACUGAAGGUGGAUCUGGGACUGGAGUAGAGACCAAAGUCACUGUUUUAUCUAGCCCCAAUGUCAACACUCAGGCCAAAGCAGUGACUGGGGCAGAGGCAGAGACGCAAUGUGAGGCUAACUUGGUGGCUGGAACACUGGUUAUGACAGAGGCAGAGACUCUGACUGAAGCCAAGGAGAAAUCCAGGGAAGUGGCUGUGAAAGAGGCAGUGACACAAACUGAUACUGAGGCUAGGAGAGUAGUCAAGAAAGAGGCAGUGACUCAAACAAAGGCUAAAGCUUUGGCACUGGCUGCCAAGGCAGAGGCCAAGGAAGAAGCAAUAACCCAGACCAAGGCUGAAUUUUGUACACUGGCUGAAACAGGGACAGAGACUAACAAAGUUACAGUGACACAGAAUGAGGCCUCAACAAUGACCAGGGCAUUGGCCAAGAUGGGAACCAUGAGCAAGACUGGAAUUGUGGCUGAGAUCAAGGCCAUAGCCCUAGAAGAGACUGUGAGUGUGGCUAAGACUUGGUCUGAGGCCAAACCUGGUGCCCAAGCUGAUGCCGGGGAAAAUGUUAGUGGUAUAUCCAGGGAAGUAGCUCAAGUGGACAUGAAGUCUUGUUCACAGUUUCAGACUAUGACCAAGAUGUGGGUUGAUGACACUCCUGAUGCUGGGAUUGAAGACAAUGGAAAUCUCAAAACCAUAUCUGGGGGUGGGCCUGGGGCAGACACAAGGGCUUCUGUUCAGUCUCAAAUUGUUGCCAAGGCCCAGGCUGAGGUCUUGCUUGAGGCAAGGAUUGGUGCUGGGAGUAAUACUAAUGGUGCUUGUAAGGCAGAGGCAAGGGCAGAUAUAAGAUCUUGUACAGAACCUCAGACUGUGUCCAAGAAACUCACUGAGGUGGUGAUUGAGCCUAAGGCUGAUUGUAGGGGAAAUAGCGGUGUCUUAUCUAAAGCAAUGACUGGAGAAGACAUGAAGGCUACUGCUGAGCCUCAGACUGCAGCCAGUGCUCUGGUUAAGGCUGUGUCUGAUGUCAAGGCUAAGGGUAAAUGUAAUUCAAAUGCAAUGGCUAAAGCAGAGGCCAGGGCCAACUUGAAGACUAGUUCCCAGGUUGAGCCCUCGCCUGAUGCCAAGCAUAAGAACAGAGGUAAUUCUGAUACCAUGGUUAAGGCAGAGGUUGGGCCAGACAUGUUAUCCUGUACACAGCCUCAAUGUGUGACUAGUGUCAACACCAUGUCUAAGGAAGGAACUCAGCCUACAACUCAGAACCAGUGUGAAGCCUUAUCUAGUACUAGAGCUAAGGGUAAGGGCAAAGCCAAAACCAAAACUAAAACCAAAACCAAAUGUAAGGCAGGGGUUGAGACAGAUGUAAAAAUCUGUGCACAGCCACAGGCUGGGACCAAGACCCAAGCUGAGGCCUCAUCUGAUUCCAAGGUUGAUGGUAAGGGGGAUUCUAAUGUCAUUUCUAGAACAGAUACCAAGGCAGACCAGCGUUCAUGUGGUCAGUCCCAGUCUGUGGCCAGUCUCCAGGGUGAAGCCUUGCUUGGUGCUAAGAACAGAAUCAGGGAAAAUUCCAAUGCUGUGCCUAAGGCAGAGACCAAGGAAGGUGUACUAGGCUUGCCCCAGCCUCAGUCAAUGACCAAUUCCCAGGUAGAACCCUUGCCUGGUUCUAAGAAUAAGAUCAGGGGAAAUUCCAGUGCUGUAUCUAAGGCAGGGAGUGGGGCAGAUACUGCAGAUUCUGCUCAGCUCCAGGUUGUGUCCACUUCCCAGGGUGAGGCCUCACUUGGUACUGGGAAUAAGGUCAAGGGCAAUCCCAAUGCUGUGCCUAAGGCAGAGGCUGGGGCAAGUUCAGUAGGCUCUGCUCAACCACAGGCUAUCAGCAGUUCUCAGAGUGAUGCUUUGCUUGGUGCCAGAAGUAAGGUCAAUGGAACUCCCAAUGCUGUACCUAAGGCAGAGGCUGGGAAAAGUACUGGAAGCUCUGCUCAGCCUCCAGUUAUGGCCAGUUCCCAGGGUGAGACCUUGCUUGGUGCCAAGAGUAAGGUCAAGAGCAGUCUCAAAGCUAUGUCUAAGCCAGAGGCUGGGGCAGGGACAACAGGCUCUGUCCAGUCCCAGGCUGUAACUGGUGCCCAAAGUGAGGCUUUGUCUGGUGCCAAGAAUAAGAAUAAGGGCAAUUCCAAUGCUGUGCCUAAGGCUGAGGCUGGGGCAGGUACAAUUGGUUCUGCUUCCCCCCAGGUUGUACUUAAUUCCCAGGGUGAAACCUUGCAUGGUACUAGGAGUAAGGUCAAGAGCAAUCACAAUACUGUGUCUGACACAGGGGCUGGGCCAGACACAGUGGGUUCUGCUCAGUCUCAGGCUGUGGGUAGUUCCCAGAAUGAGGCCUUGCCUACUUCCAAGAAUAAAGUCAGGGGCAAUCGCAAUUCUGCACCUAAGGCAGGGGCUAGGCCAGAUAUAGUAGGCUCUGCCCAGCCUCAGUCUACAACUAGUUCCCAGGGUAAGGCUUUGCCUGGUGCCAAGAAUAAGAUUAAAGACAAUCCUAAUACUGUGCCUAAGGCAGAGGCUGGAAAAAAUGCUGGAAGCUCUGCUCAGUCUCAAGUUAUGGCCAGUUCCCAGGGCGAGGCCUUGCUUGGUGCUAGGAGUAAGGUCAAGAGCAAUCCUAAUGCUGUGUCUAAGCCAGAGACUGGAGCAGGGACAACAGGCUCUGUCCAGUCCCAGGCUAUGACCAGUGCCCAAAGUGAGGCCUUGUCUGGUGCCAAGAAUAAGAAUAAGGGCAAUUCCAAUGCUGUGCCUAAGGCUGAGGCUGGGGCAGGCACUACAGACUUUACCCAGCUGCAUGCUGUGGUCAGUUCCAAGAGUGAAACCUUGCUUGGUGCCAGGAGUAAGGUCAGGAACAAUCCCAAUUCUGUGCCUAAGGCAGAGGCUGGGGCAAGUACAGCAGGUUCUGCCCAGACCCAGGCUGUGGCUGCUUCUCAGGGUGAGUCCUUGCUUGGUGCCAGGAAUAAGGUCAGGGGUAACUCCAGUGCUACACUUAAAGCAGGAUCCAGGGCAGGCACAAGGGGUUCUGCUCAGUUCCAGACUAUGGCCACUUCCCAGGAUGAGGCCAUGCCUGGGGCAAGAGACAAGGCUAAACUUAAUUCUGAGGCAGAAGUCACAGCAGCUAGUGAGGUUUCUGCAGGGCUUGCAGGGGAGACCAUACCCACUUCUGAGAGUGAGGGUGGCACUGGUGCUCAGGCUUGCAGAAAGACUCAGCCAAGUGUUCAUGACUACUAUUGGAAUGGGAUCGGUGUUGAGGACUGGAUUGCUGCUGAGCGUUGGAUCAAAUUUAGGUUUCAGGCCAUGGAUGGAGACUGGGAAAACAGUGUGUCCUGGGCUGAUGAGAAUGAAGCCAAUAUUGGAUCCUGGGCUGUGGCAUGUGAUGAAGCUAGUGUCAAGUCCUGGGCUGGAGCUAGAGCUGAAAAUGAAGUCAAUAUUGGGUCCUGGACAGGAGCUGGGGAACAGGCUAGUGGAGGGCUCUGGGUUGCAAGUCAGGCUAGUGAGGGGUGGGCUGGGGUUGAGAACCAGGCCAGUGGGGGGACUUGGGUUGUUUCUGGGAACCAGGCCAUCGCAGGGUCCUGGGCUGUGGGUCAGGCCACUGAAGCAUCUUGGGCAGGGUGCCAGGCCACUGGGGUGUCCUGGGCUGGUGAAGUGGCUAUUGGAGGAUCCUGGACAGGGGUUGAGAACCAAGCCAGUGGAGCGGCUUGGGCUGGAGCUAGCACUGGUAAUAUGGUGAGUGUUGGCUACUGGACUGGAGCUGUGGAUCAGGCUAGUGGAGGGACCUGGAUUGCACCUGGUAAUCAGUCUGUUGGUGGGUCCAAGGCUGUAUUUGAGGAUCAGGUCAAUGAGAAGGGGUCCUGGGCUGUGGUUGGUGGCCAGGCCAGUACAGGAACCAGAUUGGGGCCUGUAGACCAGACCAGUGGUGUGUCCUGGCCUGACACUGGGAGUCAGGCUGGUGGAGGUUCCUGGGCUGAGACUAGUGAGCAGUCUGGUGGUGAGGCUAAUCAUAGAUUUGAGAAUCAGGCUGGUGAAGAAAGGUCUUGGUCUGGGCCUGAUGGCCAGGCUGCCGGAGUGUCUAAGUCGGGACCCGAGAACCAGUCCAGUGGAAAGUCCUGGGCAGACUCUGGAGAUCAAAUCAAUGGAGGAUUCUUGGUUGGAGCAGUAAACCAGACUGAUGGAGGGUCCCAGGCUGGGACUGAGGAUUUGGCUGCUAGUGGGACACAGCCUGUUUUUGAUGCUCAGGCCAAUGGAGGUUCCUGGGCUGAGGCUAGCGAUCAGGUUAGUGUAGAAUCUAGGCUGGGUCCCAAUCCAGCAGACCAAGCUACUGGAAAUUCCUGGGCUGCCACUGGGGACCAGGGCACUGGAUGGUUCUGUGCUUAUACUGGGAGUCAGACCAAUGGAGGAGGGCCUUGGGGUGAGGCUGCAGGCCAGAAUGUGGAAAGACCUAGGCUGGUGCCCACAACUCAGUCUAGUGGUGGGUCCUGGGUUGGUAUUGGGAGUCAGGUCAUUGGAGGAUCCUGGACUGGGAAUCAGGCUGGUGGUUGUUCCAAAUCUGAAUUUGGGGAUCAGGCUAUUGCUGUAGGGUAUUGGCCUGGGACUGGAAACCAGGCUGGUGGGAGCUCCAGGCCAGAGCCCAAGGAUCAGUCCAGUGGAGGAGAGCCCUGGGGUGCAGCUGGUGGCCAGGUCAUUGGAACAUCUAGGUCAGGACCUACAGAGCAGUCUAAUGGUACAUUCUGGGUUGGUGCUGGAGCUCAGGUCAGUGGAACAUCCUGGGCAGGGGCUGGAGGACAGGCCAGUGGAGAAUCCUGGGCUGAAUCUAGGCCCGGGAAUGAGACCAGUGCAGUGUCUAGCCUAGGACCUGAGGACCAGGCCAGUGGAGGCUCCUGGGAUAGAUCUCAGGACCAGACCAGUGGAAAGUUCUUGGUCAGUGCUGAGGUGGAAGCCAAUGAAGGAUUCUGGUUUGGGCCUGGGAGUGAGGCUCUUAUAGGAACUUGGUGCUGGACAGGGGAAGGAGCUAUUAUUGUGCCUAGGUCUGAUAUUAAGGGUGGGCCCAGUACUGAAUGUAGAUCAGAAGAAGAAGCCAUUACCAGUUCAAGAUUUGACACUGAAAAUAAGGCAAGUCUUGGAUCUUGGAUCAGCUCCGAGGAGGCAACUUACAUUGGUUCCUGUGUGGAGGCUGAGGCUGGGGCUGAGGCUAAGGAUGUGUCUACAGCAGGGACUGUGGCUGAAGUUGCAUCUGUGACGGUGGCUGCUGCUAUGACUGCAGCUGUGUCUGCAACUCCAUCUGAGGCUUCAGCUGAGGUUGGGGUUGAGGCUUUGGCUAUUUGUGGGGCUGAAGCUGUGGCUGUGGCUCCAGCUGCCGUUGUGGCUAUGGCUGCAGCUCCAGCUGUGGUUGCAGCUCCGGUUCUGGCUAUAGCUCCAGUUUCAGUUAUGCCUGUGUCCUCGGCUGUGGCUGAGGCUCCAGUUGUAGCUGCCACUGUGGCCAUGGCUGAGGCUCCGGCUGUGGCUGUGGUUCCAGUUGUGACUGCAGCUCCGGCUGUAGCUGUGGCUCCGGCUGUGGCUGAGACUCUGUCUGGGACUGCAGCUGAGAUUGAUACUGAGGCUGUGGCUGCAGCUGGGGCUGGGGCUGAAGCUGAGAUAGUGGCUGGGGUUGGACCUGUUGUUACAGAUUCAUCUAGGGCUGAGGCUGUGGCUGGGGUUGAGGUUCUGGCUGGGGCUGCAGAUGUGGCUCAGGUAGGGGAUGCAGCUGUGGCUGUGACUGUGGUUACAACUGGAACUGCAGCUGGGGCUCCGGCUAGAGUUGUAGAUGAAGCUCCAGCUGAGACUGCAGCUAGUGAUCUAGUUGGGGCUGCAGCUGGGGCUCCAGCUAGGGUUGUAGAUGAAGAUCCAGCUGGGACUGCAGUUGGUGAUCCAGUUGGGGUUCCAGCUAGGGUUGCAAAUGAAGCUCCAGCAGAGACUGCAGCUGGGGCUCCAGCUAUUGUUGUAGAUGAAGAUCCCGCUGGGACUGCAGCUGGAGCUCAGACUAAGGCUGUAGCUGAGGCUCCAGCUGGAGCUUUGGCUGGGUGUCCAGCUGAAGCUGCAGCUGAGGCUGAAGCUGGAGCUCGGGCUGGGGCUACAGCUGAGGUUCUGGCUGAGGCUGCAGCUGUGGGUUCGGCUAGGGCUCUGGCUGGGCCUGCAGCUGAGGCUCCAGCUGGGGCUACUGCUGCUGGGACUGCUUCUGGAGCUCGACCUAAGUUUGAAGCUGAAGCUCCAGCUGGGGUUGCUGCCGGGACUGCUGCUGGAGCUGCAGCUGGAGCUCGGCCCAAGGUUGCAUCUGAGGCUCUGGCUGGGGCUGCUGCUGGGACUGCAGCUGGAGCUCGGCCCAAGGUUGCAGCUGAUGCUCUGGCUGGGGCUGCUGCUGGAGCUCGGCCCAAAGUUGCAGCUGAGGCUCGGGCUGGGACUGUAGCUGGGGCUGGGACUGGGGCUGUAGUUCGCAGUAAGGCUGUAGCCGGGGCUCAGGCUCGGGCUUGGGCUUGGGUUGCAGCUGAGACUCCAUCUGGGGCUGCAGCCAGGGCUCAGGCAGGGGUUGUACCUAGGUUUGAAGCUGGGGCUAUGGUUGGAGCUGUGGCUGGAGCAGAGGCCAGGAAGUCAUCGUGGUCUUGGAAUAGAGAUAAUCUUAGGGAUGAGGAAGAGAUUGUCACAGGGUCCUGGACUUGGGCUAGGAAUGUAGAUGAAGAUGAGUUGAGUCUGAGUGGAUCUUCUAGCCCUGAUAUUGAGGAGAUCAGUUUAAGAUCUUUGUUUUGGGCUGAGCCUGAAAACAGUAAUGAGUGUAGAUCCAAGAAAGAAAAAAAUGUCGAUUUUGAGUCUGCAAUUCAGGAUAAGGCCAUUAACAAUAAAUUUGAGGUUGCUGAUGGUGUUGAUAUAAGGUCUUGGUUCUGUACUGGUAAUGAAAAUGGAAGUGACGACAAAUCCACAAGUAAAGACAAAGCUAAAAUGUUAGCCAAGUCAAAAGGCUUGUUUCCAUCCAUGGUUCCUGGUGCAGGAAUGGGGUCAUGGGAUGGAGCUGUGAUCUGGUCAGAAAUGAAAUUUUCAAGAUAUGAGCCUGGCUUCUUCACUGGAAAUGAGUUCAGAAAACAGAACAAGACUGGAGAAAAAAAUCGGCCCUGGUCCUGCCGCUGUAAAUUUGAAGCUAAUAUGGAUCCACGAGACCUUGAAAAACUUAUUUGCAUGAUCGAGAUGACCGAAGACCCUUCUGUUCAUGAGAUAGCUAAUAAUGCUCUGUAUAACAGUGCUGAUUAUCCUUAUUCCCAUGAAGUUGUUCGUAAUGUUGGUGGAAUUUCAGUUAUUGAAGGUUUGCUUAGUAAUCCCUACCCCAGUGUUAGGCAGAAGGCUUUAAAUGCACUGAAUAAUAUCUCAGUGGCUGCUGAAAACCAUAGGAAAGUUAAAACAUACUUAAACCAAGUAUGUGAAGACACAGUCACUUAUCCUUUGAACUCAAAUGUGCAACUGGCUGGUCUAAGAUUGAUAAGGCACCUAACCAUUACUAGUGAAUAUCAGCAUAUGGUUACAAACUAUAUUUCAGAAUUUCUUCGUUUGUUAACUGUGGGAAGUGGAGAAACUAAAGACCAUGUCUUGGGAAUGCUCGUGAAUUUCUCUAAAAAUCCAUCUAUGACAAAAGAUUUGCUCAUUGCUAAUGCACCAACAGCACUGAUUAACAUUUUUAGCAAGAAGGAGAAAAAAGAAAAUAUUCUUAAUGCUCUUUUACUCUUUGAAAAUAUAAAUUAUCAUUUUAAAAGAAGGUCAAAAGCAUUUACUCAAGACAAAUUCAGUAAAAAUUCCCUUUACUUCCUAUUCCAACGGCCUAAAGCCUGUGCCAAGAAACUUCGACUUUUAGCAGCGGAAUGCAGUGACCCUGAGGUAAAAGAAAGAGUUGAGAUAUUAAUAAGUAAACUCUGAUUGGCUAUGUAUGCUCAAACUUGAAUAUUUUGGUUUUACAACCGGAAAUGAUGCACAUUGUAAACUGCAUUAUAAUUUUGAAUCUGAUGUUACCUAUGAUGGUCUACGCCUAGACCAUUUUAUGAACACCAAAUGAAUGAAAACUUGUACUAAAAAUACAUGUGAUGAUUUUUUAUCUUGUUUGGAUUAAGAUAUUUUAAGUAUGCUUCAUGAGCAGAACUGAACUGAGUCUUUAUAACUAAGGUAAUCUUUGGUCCUUUGUGUGGACUUAUGUUUAUACAUUUGAGAUUUUAUUUUUCUGUCAUCAAUAAAGUUGUGUGUUUUAAGCAGCAGAAAAACAGACAUUGUCCUUGUCCUUGAGUUUGUGCUCUGUUUGGAAAGGCCAGCUGUAUGGCAACAAGAAGACGGUAGGGGAGCUGGGAACCUCCCGUCAUGGCCACAUGCUUCCCGUCGGGACUCAGAAGUGGCGAAAACUGUCACACCCAGCAGAGCCAGGGCAGGUUGUGUGGGGGAGGGGGCACUCAGGCAAGCUGGACUUGAAGGACAAGGCACCAAAGGGUCAGAAUGGGGCACAGGAAGGCAUUCAGGGAGGGAGG